CCCCCAUUCUGAGCGACUAGAUCCGAAUGGUUACUUCACCCUGAUGCCCGAGGACUACUAUGAUGUUUUCAAGGAAUUUGGUGUAUCUCUAGUGGUUCGUCUGAACAAGAAGUGUUACGAUAUUGUCCGUCCAAUCAAAUAA